AUAUUUUGGGUAUGUCAAGGAGGUUAUAUUAUUAUACAAAUCCAAAGAUUAUUGAAUUAGUUUUAAUCUUUGUACAAAUCUGCAGAGGAAGACAACAAAACAAUUUCAAUAGUACUGAAUCAAAAUGAAUGCUCCACCAACUUUUGAAUCUUUCCUCUUAUAUGAUGGAGAAAAGAAGAUAACUAAAGAACAAGAUACGAAAGUUCCAAAUGCAGCAAUAUUUACUGUGAACAAGGAAGACCACACUUUGGGAAACAUGAUCAGAAAUCAACUUCUCAAAGAUCCAAAUGUGCUGUUUGCAGGAUACAAAGUUCCUCAUCCUUUAGAACAUAAAUUUGUAAUAAGAAUUCAAACAACAGCAGAUUACUCUCCCCAAGAUGCGCUGAUGCAUGCUCUAUCAGAUCUAUUGUCUGAACUAGCACUUUUUGACGAGAGAUUCAAGGAAGCCAUCAAGGAAAAGAAAGAUGGUCUAGAUUGAAACCAAGAAAGAACUUUUCUGGCAAAUGUUUAAGUGAUAUAAUAAAAAUAAUGUUUCUGAUUU